AAAAACUGACCACAAUGACAGACCUGGAAGCAGCACGAACGCAGGGAACAUGGGAGAAAGAGCGAGCAACACUGACAUCCUUGGGGGAGGACACAAUAGGGUGUAUAUUGGAGAGAAAGCACGCAGCCAAAUUCGGUGUGUCCACAGAAGAACUGGAUGAGCGUAUCCAGAAGAACCUUUCGGUAUUGAAAAGCGGUAUUGGAAAGCUCGAGCAGAGCUUAUCGGAUGCAGAGGAGUCGACCGGAAGGGAUAAGAGCGAACUUCGUCGGUGGGAGGAGGCAAUACUGCAGCUCAGUAAACAGUAUGAUCGGAUAGAAGCGAUGGCGCGCGGGGAGGAGACAAUGAACCUGUUCACACAGCGGAACAGUCCACGAAAUAAAGGGGGGAACAAGGCAGUUCGGUUUACGGAUCCUGUUGAGGCAACCAUGGAUGAGGAAUUGAGCAAUGGAGAGUCUCUUCAUCUGCAACAGAGAAUAAUGGACGAGCAAGAUGCGCAGCUGGACGAGCUCAGUGAAACAAUAGCACGGCAAAAACAUAUAGGUCUACUGAUCAACGAAGAAUUGGAUCUACACGUUGAUCUUUUAGAAGAAACCGAAGGUAGAGUCGAUUCAACAAGUCGACGACUGAGAGGGGCGGGUAGAAGACUAGAGCAGGUGCUACAGUCUUCUGUGAGAAACUCGCGAGGGACAACAAUCAUUGCUAUUCUAGUUGUUAUACUCAUAUUAGUGAUUGUGAUUGCAAAUAAAAUUUAGUGUAAGGUAAA